AUGUCAUUGUUUGGUGGAAAAACAUUCAAAAAUGGAAUUUAUUUAAUUCCAAAAUGGAAAUAUAUUAAAGGUGAUAAAGUUGAAAUUAUUUCAGGUAGAGAUAAAGGUAAACAAGGUAUUAUUAAAUCAGUAAAUAGAAAACACAACAAUUUAAUUGUUGAAGGUUUAAAAUUAAUUAAAAAACACACCAAACCCACCAAAACACAAAGACAAACCGCUUUUACCAAAGAAGCCCCAAUUCAUUAUUCAAAUGUUUCACAUAUUGAUCCAAAAUACAGUACCCCAUGUAAAGUUAGAUUUCAAUUAAUUAAUGGUGUUAGAGAAAGAGUUUCAAGGGCCACCAAUACAAUUGUUCAAAAACCAGAUUUCACCCAAAAAUUCAAAAAAUGGAGAAAAGAUAACACUGAUGGUGUUUAUGAUACUGUCCCUGAAGUUGCCAAUAAGAAAACAUUUAAUGGUAUUAUUGAUUCAAUUUUCCCAUUCAAGACUUAUUAA